CAAGAGUGUAUGGCAUUAGUUGAUACAGCUUCCUUUUGGUGGGUUUGAUUUAUUGAAUAAUGAUAAGUCCUUCACGUGGGAUUCCUUUCAUCGAUAUGUAUGACAGUGAUAAAAAUAGCCUUGCCGUGGUGCAGCUUUACUAACUAGAGUAUUGUUUUUGAGACAUACUUCAGUACUGGCGUAAUUCAUCACGUGCAGUAAAUGUAAGGCCGGGUUAUCUCGAGGAGUAGAUCAAACAAAACAACCUUGCCCUUGCAAAUUACAUAAUUCUUUUGGAGUAUUACGUAAAUCAGAUUUGUUCGCAUAAGUUUAUUGUAAAGUCUCCAGAAAUAAGGCACAUUUGUCUAUGGCCUGCUUCGUAAACACACCGAUAUUGUGGGAACAGCGAUCAAUCGAGAGAAGAAGGACCGGAUUAGAAGCAGCAUUUGCGGACGGAGAACUCAGGGAACUUAUAUACAAAGAGCGCAGAGAGUGCUCUUCAUAUAGUUAUGCGGACUUUAACUCUGCAGUUAGAAUUGAGAGAAAACAAGAAUUAGUGACAAUGGAGCAGGAGGAUCAAUUUAAUGAAAACGCUGAUUCUCUUGGAAGUAGCUCAGACACAAACUCACCAAAUCCUACCUCGAAUAUACCGACCUGCAUCGUGGCUCCGACCGCAAACAACAGAUCAUCGGACAAAGGUGCGUCCAGUGACGGUUCCAAUCCGUAUAUACCAUCGAGAAAACAACGUGAAUUCAUACCCGAGAACAGAAAAGAUGACCAUUACUGGGAAAAGAGACGAAAAAAUAACGAAGCUGCACGCAGAUCCCGAGAAAAGCGUCGGUUUCAUGAUGUAGUCUUAGAAAAUAGAAUAGUAGAACUAACUCGAGAAAAUUGUCAGGUAAGGAAUGAAUUGUUUGCAAUUAAGAAACAUUUCGGCAUACCUCUAAACGAAACAUUUGAUAUUAACGAAGACAGUAAAGCACCCGCGUCUAAAACAAGGGAGAGGUCAUUAUCACCUGUUUCCAAUCAUCACGCCAGUUCUUCGAUGAACAUGGCCUACCUAUCAGCAGCCAGAAGUAGUGGGUCCAUGCUUCACGGUGCUCAACCGCCGACCAUGGUUCCCAUGCAAUCGUCCAUUCCACUACCGAUCUCUCUACAAGGAAAUUACAACUCUAAAGGACCAAUGUCAUAUUUUAUCGCGGCCGUUCCAUCGCCUGGAGCCCCGGAUACCUUCCAGAGCCAGGUAUCAUCAAAUUCUCUCACUUCACCUCAUAUGCAAGACAGAUACCCGCAGCAAAGUUCCAGCGCAUCAAAUAAUGAAGAAUUAGGCACUAGUAGAAGAAAACUUUACCUCUCAGGGGAAUCAAACGAAACUCAGGGUCGUCAAUUCAAUUCCUCUCAAUCUACCUCACAAUAUUCUCCUCCGUAUUCUUCAAGAAACAUUCAAAAAGCGACCGAAUCUAACGCCUCCUCUGUUAAGGAAGAAACCGUUCCCCCCUCAGAUUAUACCUCGGACGAUCAUACCCAGGAUGAACCAUUAUCUUUGACUGUACGAAAACGUGGGGACAGUUUCUCAGGUAAUGAAAGUUCUGUAUCUUAUUCAUCCCCAGAUAGCCCCGUAUCACAAAGUCCACCAACGAUGGCAUUACCGCACAAGCUGAGACAUAAAGUACCGAUGGACUUUGGGUCUGCUUUUCAGGGUGCAGUCUUUGAUCCCGUUUCGAACGGACUCACACAGCUUUCAGAAAUAGCACUCGCACAGUCUGGUCCUCUGUCCCUCGUCAAGAAAUCCAAGCACGACGAUUACGACUCCUCUUCAAGAAGUGGGCGGAUGAACACGCGGUCACUCAUUGACCCGAAAUAUGCCGAGAGACGCCGAAGAAACAACGAAGCUGCUCGAAGAUGUCGAGAAAACAGAAAGAGUUUAACCAAAAUGAGAGAAGCAAAGUCCAGCUAUCUGGAAACAGAAAAUGGAAAGCUCCGACACGAGUUGGACACUCUCCAAGAGGAAAUGAAGCAGCUUAAAGACAUGAUAGAUAGAAAGAAAACGGUAAAACCGGACCCGGCGGACGAUGAUAUGCCGGAAGAAAAUAAAUGAAACAUAUCAGGCGAUUAUUGGUUAAAUGCUGGAUUGAACAACGGGUAUCAAGUUAGAUUUGGCAAUGCUAGAUCAUUUAGGUUAUUGAUUUGUUUGUUUGCAAUUUGAAUAUGUUCGUUCUUAUUGGGACAUUUAUUUUAAUUAUAUAGUUAACUAGAUACUUCAUGAAUACAUUUAUGAAAAUAAUGCAGAUGAAGCUAAUGUGAUGUGUUUCCGCAGCGUAAAGUCUUGAGGUUAUUUACAUAUAGAGUAUAUAUAGAAACAUAAGCGAUGAAAUGCGUGUUCGAUUCUACUCCUGGUAAACCAACAGUGCUCUUUAUUUUAUGUUUACAUGUUUGCGGGUUAAAAUAUUUUCACAAGUAUUCUUAAAUUUUCAGGUUAAGAAAAAUGAAAAAAAAUGGAAAUUUGUUAAAUUUAAUCAAAUAUUCUUAAAUCCUACCUCUGGUAUGCCGGGUCCAAUUCGUUUCUUAUUCGGACUGGAAAAUGAUAUUUGAAAUCAAUCAGGUCGCUUUAUUACGGGUGUAGCCAUUGUAAAUAUAUUUUGUUUUGUGAUUGAAUGUGUGUAUGCUUCACUUUUUCUUCUUCUAAAAAAUGUUUAUACACGUGUGUGGUGUAUGGUGUUAAACUUUCAAGACUUUGUUUUCUAUUUGUUUACUUUAGAUGUUUUAAGUACUGUAUUUCUAGAACGUUCGUGCAUGAACAAUAGACAAAACUAUUCUUGUUGAUUGAAGAAAAAUUCAAUUUUGAAAAUAAAUUAAACAGAUUUUUACGAUCUAAAAAAGUGAAUUUUAAAAAAAACUUGUAUCAUUCUGCUUGAAGUUACAUGAUUUAUUUUUGUACUAAAGUUACCCGCAGAAUUGUAUACUACCUUACCAUGUACACAUGCUAUUGUAACAAAUGAAGAGAAUUUGUAUUUCAUUAGUGCUAAACAAAGAAGUGCCAUAUAAAAAUCUGCCAUACUUUAAAAGCAUGUGCUUUCCCUCACGUGUCAGGUUUAUAUAACAAUCUGUUCCUGUACGCACCUUUAAAAGGAUUGGGAAAGUGUGACCUAUAUACAGCGUGCUUUUGUUUUAUUCAUUAAAACCUCCUUUUAACUAUAGUUAUUUUUAUUUUUAAUUGUAACGUUAAAACGAUUUUAUUUUUACAUGUUGCCAUCCGUGUUUAAUUUGGCUCAGAAACAUUUGAUUAUUUCAUGUUGUAAUGUUUUUUCAAUAGUACAGGUACAAUGUGAGCAUUUUAUCACGUGUGUUUUGAAUAUUGAUUGAUUAUUAAUUAAUUAAUUAUCAUAGUAUUUUGUAUUGCGAAUCCAAUGUUAUAAGUUGACGUUUUGAUUAAAUGAAGUUUUUAUUGAACAAAAUGCAGAUCAAAUCCUAUUUAUAAGAAUAAAAAUGUCAAUCAAUUUCUAUUUUGUAACAUAAAAAUUAAUGAAAAAAAUUUGCAACUUUGUAAUGUUUUAGGUCUUAAAAGACAAGUGCUUAUGUGAUUUUUCGAACUAGAAAGUUGUUAUGGUAUCAAGUUGAAGAACAUAUAAUGUAUUUCUGACUUGCGAAUAUUUUUUGGUUUUAUUGUGCCAUCAUAAUCUGUUGUAUAGUGUUUUGCCAUUCUGACAUAAUAGUUAUUUGUUAAGGUAGGUCUCCUCUCUCUUUCUUUCUCACAUUCUAACAGUGCUGGAGUCUAGCGUGCGUGCUAUUUGUAUAUUUUGAACCAUUUUAACAAGACCUUGGACUUUCAGUAGGACGUAACUAUCUAUUUUUUGCGUCAAAACAAGUUAAAAAUGACGUUGGUUUCAAGCGAAAUAUUCACCGAUUGCAUAGUCUUAGCUCAAAAGCUAGACAAAUCUUGUUGAUUUCAAAGAGCAAUGGCCGAGUGGCAUUCAAUGAAAUAGACAGGCCUACGUCACAUUGCUGUUUGACACCACUAUCCAAAGGCCAAACUCUUGUUAAAAUGGUUCUACUUUACAUGGCUAGUAAAUUUGUUACUGAUGCUGUUUAAACUGCUUGAUCAAAGGGAGACAAAGUCUACUUUUACACUUUACAACUUUUGAUUAAGCCAGUGACGAUAUGUCUUUUUGUAGUUAUUUGCAAGUGACAAACAGUGGUUGAGGUGUUUUUCUCCUUGAUAAAGAGUAGGAAUGUGAACUAGGCUUGUAUGAUGCUGUUUUUAUUUUUACCUCUGCCCUUUGACAUUGUAAUAUAUGUACAUGUAGUUCAAUAAGCAAAUAUGAUUUUAACAUAUACAUAUAGUUUUUAUAGGUAAAUAUACCUGAAAUAAGAUUUCCAUAUGAUUUUGAUAUAAACAUAAUGCAAAUGAGACACUUUAUUUUAAGCAAAUUACACGUGUAUAUGAUUUAGAAAAAGUUGAAUUUGGUCUUGUUUUCAUGGGUACUACUAUUUGUUAACUAAGAAACCGUCAUUCCGUAUACUUUUAUUGAAAGAUUCUCCGGAACUACCUCCAAAAUUAUCAGUUUGUUUUAUAAUGCGCAUGAAGUAGAUAUUAGAAAUUUAUUUGUUACUAAAAAUAGCAGAAUUUACAGAGUCUAUUUAUGAAGUGUGUUUUUUUUUCCUUCAGAUUAAUCUACCUCAUUCUCUAGUUGAAUGCUUUGUUCUAUAUCAUUUCAGAAAUAAAUACAGCUCAUCUAUAUAGUGGAGAA